CAACUUUCAACUCAAUUGCAUAGUUGAACCUCGAACAGUACUUUUCCAGUCUCCCUCUGCUAACUGUGGAGCUAACAGCUUUUUGUUCCACACCGGCACUAAGACACCUGCUCCAAAGAAUUAACUCAUCAUGGUCCUAGGUCUGGACCUUGGUUAUUUGAAUCAUCUACGGAGCAGUUGGUCGAAUAGUCUAACAUUGUCUGUCAUGCUUUGCCUUCCUCUUACAGGAAACAGUCCCGCAGAUACAGCGUCUCAACUUGGAUCAUUAAAUAUGAUUGGCCUCAAGUACAACAUGUCUCUACCCAUGGCUGCAGGGGCCUUGUUAGUGGGCAUCCCCUACUCCAUCUCUCUCGUAGCCCAGUGGAUGUAUGGCUGGCCUAACAAGCCAGGCUAUAAAAAGUACAUCGAGGCUCUGAAGCCAAGGCGGAUAUACUGUCUGACUAGAGCUGUGCUGGAGAUGCUGAAAUACUUCCAGUACGGCAAACUCUACUUCCAGUGGAAGUCCUGGUACAAGAAUGUAGAAAACCACAAGCAUUAUGAAAAGGGCAUCAGGUUUGGGCGUCGUAGCAACAAGCUGGAUUUGUAUUAUUCUCCCACGGUGGGCCAGCCAGGCAGUGGACCGGUGCCUGUGGUAGUGUUUAUAUACGGGGGAGCCUGGGGUUCAGGGGAGAGGUCCAUAUACUGUCUACUGGCCAUGCAGAUGGCUAAGGAGCUCAGCGCAACGGUGAUCUGCCCCGACUAUUGCACCUAUCCAAAGGGUAAUGUUUUGUGUAUGGUUCAAGAUAUUGCGGACUGUCUCAUUUGGGCGAGGGACAGCGGCCAUAAAUUCAACUUUGACAAAGAUAACAUUGUGUUAAUCGGCCACUCCGCUGGGGCUCACCUAGCAGCUCUAACCGUCCUGUUCAUGGUCGAGGGACGAGACGAGCUCUUUAUAGAUGCCAAGAAGCAGACAGAGAUCACCAUGGCAAUCAGAGGAGUUACAGGUUUGAGUGGAGUGUACAACAUCAUGGACCACUACGAACAUGAACAGAUGAGAGCUGUGGAGUAUGUCUCUACGAUGCACAAAGCCAUGAACGGAGUGGAGAACUUCCCUUAUUACUCACCAACACACCUACUGAAGAAAUUCAGCAAGGCACAACUGAAAAGAGUGCCACCUUUCUGCUUGCUUCACGGGACCAACGACAUCAUAGUUCCGAUGGAAUCUUCCCAGAGGUUUUCUGAGCUGCUCACGUCCCUGUCAAUCAAGGUGUCCCUGUACCUCAUGCCUAAAAUGGACCACACAGAGAUAGUCACCGAUCUCAUGACGACAGACAGGCACUUCUACAAAACAGUGUACAGCUGCAUCAAACAGGAGUACAGCAAGUUCAUAGGCCAGGUCUGUGACUGCUGAACGAAACAACUAACACAAUACAUUAUUCAUUCAUGAUGUGCCGUAAUUCCUCUUGUUUACAUAUUUUUUUCUUUUCUUCUUCCAGUUAAUUAUUAUUAUUAUGAUACCUCGAAUUUACAGGAUUUAGACUUUUCGACAAAAACAAAAAAUAGUUUUAGCUCUCUGUUUUAAUCUCUGGUGUGUGUUUCAUAAAGGUUCCAUGAUUGUAAACAGACUGAAUUAUAUUUUAAUACAAUAAUUCCUGAUUUUUACACAUAAGAUUAUUUUUCAGAGCUGAUAUGAUUGGUCAAAAGAUUAGCCGGUAGAAAAAUCCGAAUUGGUCUCUCUCUGUCUAAACAAAGCCCAUGUGUGUCAGACCUCAAAUGCACAUGCCAAAUAAUUGUGCCAGAGUUUUCACCUUUGGGACUAUCCCAUUGGUUACAUUGUACCAGGCCAACUAAAUCAAGUAUUUGAAAGUAUUGGAUAUGUAUUUGACCAAGUCUGGUGCGUAUAGAACACUGUAUGAGAUAUCCCAAGGUCCAAUAUAUUCACUGUGCUUCUGCUUCUGCCUCCGCAUUGUUUGUUCAUUGAGGGUUUUAGGCUGGGUAUCUGUAAAGCACUUUGUGACAACUGCUGAUGUAAAAAAAAAGAAAAAGGGCUUUAUAAAAACACAUUUGAUUUAUUGAUCCAGGAACAACCUUUAUAUAGAAAUGGUGUUAGUGUUAACUCCCACUCCCACAGAGUAAUAUGGGCUAGUAUUCAGCAAAGCAUUGACAACAUUCCCGUGUGGAUUAAGACGCCACAUCCUAAAUUGCACCCUAUUCCCUACAUAGUGCAAUAGUUUUGGCCAGAGCCCUAUGGCACCCUAUUCCCUACAUAGUGCACUACUUUUGAUCAGAGCCUUAUGGCACCCUAUUCCCUACAUAGUGCACUACUUUUGACCAGAACCCUAUGGCACCCUAUUCCCUACAUAGUGCACUACUUUUGACCAGAGCCCUAUGGCACCCUAUUCCCUACAUAGUGCACUACUUUUGACCAGAGCCCUAUGGCACCCUAUUCCCUACAUAGUGCACUACUUUUGACCAGAGCCCUAUGGACAGUGCACUAUAUAGGGAAAAGGGUACCAUUUGGGACAGAACCAAACAGUGGGGCAGAUCUAUUGUAUAUGUUCUACUGAUAAUCUGUUGCAUUAAUAUGGUCAACCAGGAGAACGUAACAUUUUCUGUUUAUUAAAUGUUUGAACAACUACAUACUACAUCUGAUGAAAUGUAUUCAUUACAUUACUCUAUUUUGCAUUUUGAAUGUCUUCUCUUAAAAGUUAUGUAAUGAUUUAUUUAAUAAAAGUCUUAAAUUUUG